AUGGCUAGCCUCAAGACCCUCCUCCGCGCUCGCCUCGUGUGCAUCUUCUUCUCGUUCGCCUUGACCGUCGCAGCGACAGGUCUCGCAGGAUGGGCCCUCCAGGUCCUGCACGAUGACAAGGUCUUCAUGGCCAAGACGGUCCCCGGAGGCAAGGUCGAAGCCCAGGACGUCGUCGUCGUGUCCGCCCUGCUGUGCGCUGCGUGCGGUUUCGCCGUUGCGGUUGCCACCUACGCCGAGAUCCACCUUUGGCGCGAGCGCAGGAACGGCCACUCGCCGUGGAUCCUGCGUCUCCUCAACGAGAUUGCCCUCGGCGUUGCCGCCCUCUUCGUCCUCGGUGUCGCCAUUGCCGCGACCGUCAUUGUUGUCGGCCGCAGCGCCGUCCUCUCCGCUCCCGGAUUCACCCAGUCCACCCUCAACACACUCGCGGCCGCCCUCGGCAAGAACAUUACCUACAGGGGCACCACCGCUUACGAGUCGAUGAUCUGCGCCUGGUUCGCCUUUGCCUUCCUGACCGCCACAUGGGUCCUCCUCGUCCUCGCUGGUCUGCACUACCGCAAGGAGUCACGCGAGCGUGCCGCGCAGGGCGUCGCCGCUCACGAGACCCACGCUGAGAAGACCUCGCAGUCGUCCGACCACGAGGUCGCCCAGCAGGUUUAA